AUGAAGGGUCAGAAUCAAAAUAGCCGUGGUAGUAGCAAUCCUAGGGCGGGUGCCAAUGGACACCGCCGUUCGAAUUCCCGUUAUAAUACUGGAAAUUAUCAAAAUAUUUCUCAAGGACAGCAGAGUAAUAAUGAGGAAUCUAUAAAUAGCGACAAAUUGUUACACUUAGUUGCCAAAUCUAUUGGUAAGAAGUGUAUUGCAACUGUUAGUUCAGGUGCACGUUAUCAAGGAUUGUUGGUAAGUGCCGAUUUAUCGUCACAACAAGGACAGGAUGUUUCAUCUCCGUUAUCAAUUGUCUUGCAAUCUCCGCAGAUUUUUUCAAAGUCAUUAAUUGAUGAGAAAAGCAAUUCUGACAAAGCGAAUGAAAUUCCAGAAAAGUUGAUUAUUCAAGCAAAAGACUUGAUGGACUUGGAAGUUUCGAAUGUGGAUGUCAAUGAACCAGCUACCAAGGACCUGAAUCCACGUUCUGUUUCACCAACGUCGGGUGCGAAUACAGCAUCGCCUCCUGCUGCAAACGAAAGCAAAUUUAAGACCGAUACAGAUAUAAGUGGUCGUUUACAAAUCAAAGAAAGAGAACUUCAAAGAUGGGUUCCAGAAGAAGAUUCAACUGCAUUCGCUUUAGAGGAUGAUACUUUUAAUAAUUCAAGUGCGACAUGGGAUCAAUUCAAAGUAAACGAAGAGAAAUUCGGUGUUGAAUCUAGCUAUGAUGAACAUUUAUAUACAACGAGAAUUAAUACUGCAGCUCCUGAUUACCAUGCGAGGUUACGAAAAGCGGAAAAGAUUGCUAAAGAAAUUGAAAAUCAAACUACUGGUAAUCGUCACGUUUUGGAAGAAAGAGGCAUUGAGGUCGACGAUAGUGGAAUUGACGAGGAAGAUAAAUAUUCUGGUGUUGAUAGAAGAGGCGAUGAAUUAAUGGCUGCUUUAAGAAAUGCUAAUAUUUCCACCGAAUCAACUUCUAGUAACAUUCUGAAUACACCUGGUAAGUAUGUUCCUCCAAGACAAAGAGCUGCACAGUAUCACGAUGACCCAGCAAUUAUAUCUAGCUCGGCAGCGCAACCUGGUAAAAAACCGGCUGAUUCUCAACAAAAGGUUGCUGAAACACCAAUUAAUCCUAAAGUAAAUAACAUGUCCAGCAAACCAGAUUCUAUACCUCCUAAGCCACAGGUUUCAAACCAACAUAACGAGUCAUUCAGACUUAAUGCUCAGAGUGAAAUCAAUUCCCUUCGGGAAUUUAGUGCUAAUUUUAAAAUUCCUCAUCAAAUGCCAACGGAUUUAUUACCAAUAUUAUCGAAGGAUAAAUUAAAGCAAGAUGAGAUAUUAAAUAAGCAAAAGGAGCAACAAUUAUUAAAGGCUCAAAGAAAGGAACAGAAGCAAGCGGAAUUGGCAAAAUUAACAAAUUCUCUGACUGAUGUAUCAGCUCAAGAACAGAGUCAACCCCAACAAAGAAAGAAAAUGGAUCCAACGAGACCUGCUUUCAAAUUGAAUCCAAAGGCCGCAGCUUUUACUCCUUCAAGUAAGCACACGCAAUUAUCGCCAAACCCACCCAAGGCCAGCUUCCAUAAAGCACCCAAUAACCCUUCUCCAAGAAUGGGUAACCAAAGGCCGUUCACUAGUGGAAGCGGAUCGAGUGUUGGGUCUAACGCUAAUGCGAAACGUCAUUAUCAAAUUUCACCAGCAGAUUUCUUUGGAGGUGUCAAUAGAAUUCCGACGAAAGAAGGCCAAGAGCAAAAGGCCAAAGAUUUCAAGUUUGCUUUUAACUUGUUCAUCACAACUAAGAAGAGGGCGGCAGCAGAUCAUAGUCCAGUGAAUUUUGAAAAGACUUUUUACACACCUCCAACUUGGAACUCUACUAUUGAUGAUACAUAUGAUAAGUUAUUCCCAUCACCAAACACUAUUAGAGGACCUGGUAUGGGAUUACCUACAUCCAAUAGCAUGCCAUUUAUGCCAAGUCCUAUGAUGGGGGCUCCAUCGCCUGUCAUACCAGGGGGAUUUUCUGGUAUGCCAGGAACUCCAAAUGGUAAUAAAUUCACUCUCUCGCCUCAGCAGCAGCAACAACAGCAAGCAGCAGCUGCAAUGGCUGCACAUUUCCAACAACAACAGUUCCACGCAGCCAUGAUGUAUCAACAACAACAGUUUUCUGGUGUACCUCCUGGUCAACCGCCAAUGCCAAUGUACGGACCUGGCGGUGAGCCUCCUUUCCUUCCUCCUGGUGGAUUUAUGAUGCCCCCAGGAAACUUCAAUGCAGGCGGUAGUCCAGUUAAUGGCAAUGUCAUGAUGAACCCAAGCCCAUACAAUAAUGUGAGUGGAAACCAAAUGAACGCCAACUACAAUAACCAUCACCAAGGUAGUAGCAGUGGAAAUAGGAGAUAUAAUAAUCAUCACAAUCAAACUUCCCAACAUGGUCAUAAAAGAGGAAGUAAUGCUUAA